AUGCAAAACUAUUAUAAAUGGCAUAAGAUAAAAUAAGAAUAAAAUCAAGAAUUGUCUGUUAAUAUAAAGCCAAUUUCUUCAUCAAAGAUGAAACAAAGUGAUAUUUCUACUAGGAAGAAAAAAGCUUAAGAGUAUAAUAUGGAUUUUGAUGAAUUUUAGCAAGAGGAUUCUAAAAUUAACUAAAAUUCUGAUAAUUUUCACUUUGGUGAUUCAGCAGAUGAAUAUGGUAUUGAUUCACCAAAAAUGAAAAGAGAAAAAGCAGUUAAAGAAGAAGAUAAUACCUUUCGCUUAGAAAUUAAAAAAUCUCCUAUCCUAGAGAAAACACUCUUUUCAUUUUUAGUCAAAUUUUAUAAUUAAGUCUAGCAAUCUAAAAAAGGGCAAAGAAAAAAAUUUGUAUAAAGAUUCAUUGACUCUACAUUUAAAACAAAUAGAUGUCCAUCUUACACAUUUACUAUCCUUAGGUUAAUAAUGCCUCAUCAUGAUAAAUAACGUCUUAAUUAUGGCUUAAACUAUAAAAAUUUAGCUAAAGUUUUAAGCGAAGUGUUUGCCUUAUCAGAAGAUAAACGUCAAUAGCUUUUGAAUUAUAAAAGACCUUUAAAAGACAACUAGCAAGUAGUUGGUGAUUUUGGUGAAGUUGUAUAAAAUGUUUUGUAAGCAUUUACUUAGAAAGCCACACUAACAAUCAACGAUGUGGAUAGAUGUCUUGAUGAGCUUGCAUAACCUCAAAAUAGAGAUCUAGCAUCCAAAGAAAAAGUUUUAAGAAACUGCUUGAAGAAUGCAACAUCAGAAGAAAUAAAAUGGAUUUCACGUUUGAUCUUAAAGGACCUUAAUCUUGGUAUUAAUCACGAAAUAAUACUUGCACUUUUUCAUCCUGAUGCAGUAGUAUUAUUUAAUUCUACUUCUAGUCUUUGGGAGGUUUGCAAGGAAUUUGUAGAUCCAAAUCAUAAAUUAUCUAAUGUCCUUAGGCUAUUUCAUCCUAUAAAACCUAUGCUUGCAGGACGUAAGACUCUCAAAAGUAUUGAAGCUAUUCUUAAAGGUAAAAACUAUUUAGUUGAAACAAAAUUUGAUGGGGAGAGAAUUUAGUGUCAUGUAUCUCCUGAAUCUUUAAUGUUUUUCACUAGAAACUCAAACAAUUAUACAAAUAUUUAUGAAAGAAUGAUAGAGCAUGUUAGAAGAAGUUUAAAAGAUGCUGUUCAUAGUUGUAUUUUAGAUGGAGAAAUGGUUGUAGUAAAUAAAAUAACAGGAUAAAGAGUUUAAUUUGGUCUUAAUAAAACUGUUGCAAUGGAAAGAGAGGAUGAUGAAUUAUGUAUAUGUUAUAAAAUUUUUGACAUUUUAUAUUUGAAGACUAAAGAUAAUAAAGAAUAUGCACUGACAGAAUACACAUUGCAAUAUAGAAAAAAAAUUUUAGAAAAUUUAAUUGACAAUCAAUAAGACAGAGUUGAAGUUAUUUUUGGUAGAGAAUACUCAGAUAUAAAUGACAUACUGACUGAAUUUAAUGAGGCAAUACAUAGAAACGAUGAAGGUAUAGUCAUAAAGCAGCUCGAUACUCUGUAUUACCCAGAUGAUAGAUCUGAUAAGUGGAUUAAAAUGAAAGGUGACUACUAUGAAGGAAUAAUAGAUACCUUAGAUUUGAUAGUUAUUGGAGGAUAUUUUGGUGAAAAGUCUUAUAAAAUUAAUGGCAUAGGAGAUUGGACAGAUCAUAUCACACAUUAUCUUGUUGCUGUAGCGAAAAAGAUUGAUCUACAAAACCCCUCUAACUCUAUACUUGUGCCUUUUGCUAAAGUGGGAGCAGGUUUUACAGCUAGAGACUAUGCUGAUAUAAAAGCUAGAAUGAGAGAUCAAUGGGUAAGAACUAAUCAUUCAAAUAAAACGCCUUCUUUCAUCAUAUAAAACUGGAAACCUGGAGAAAAAGAUAAGCCAGAUGCAUAUAUUUUAUCUCCUCAAAACUCUCUUAUUUUAGAGAUUAGGGCAACUGAAAUUAUAUAAUCUUCUUAAUAUCCGACCAACUACACCUUAAGAUUUCCGAGAUUUGAAAAAUUUAGAAGAGAUAAAGAUUGGUUUGAUUGCAUGAAAUUUAAUGAAAUUAUAGAAAUGACUUAAAAUUUAAAGAAAAAAGAAUAAAAAGAGAGUGACAAAGAAGAUAAUGCAAGCGAUGAAGAGUAGGACGAAAAUGGAGGAAAAUUAAAGAAAAAAAGAAAAGGGUAAAAUGGAGAAGAGAUAGAAGUAAAUAGACAAGGUAGAAAGCCAAACUGGAAGACCAAUAAAGUUAUGGCUCAAUAUCUUGAUAUUGAUGUUUCUGAUGUCAAAGUAGAAUCAAAUAUAUUUAAUAACUUUGUAUUUAAUAUAAUUAAUUUACCUCAUGAAGUAUCCUUGAGUGAGGAAAAGAUAUUGUUAGAGAAAGCCUAGAUUGAAAAAGGUAUAGUUGCUAAUGGUGGUAAAAAAGUAUAAAAUGAUAGCAAUCUUGUAACUCAUUACAUAGCUUCACAUUAUGAUUUUAAAGUUUAAGUAAUUGGUGAUCACUAUAAAGUAAAUGUUCUAUCCUUAUAAUGGGUAAAAGACUGUAUCAAAAAAAAAACUUUAUUAGAUUACUCUCCCCGCUACAUUAUAUAUGGUUAAGAUUAAUUGCUUGAGAGAAAUAAAUUGCUUUAUGAUUAAUAUGGAGAUUCUUAUUACAAAGAUGUUGAUGAAGAUGAGUUAUUGGAUAUUUUAAAAUCUAUGAAAAUUGAUUAAAUAGAAGAAGAAUUCUAGGAGAAUGAAGAGUUUGAAGAGGCUGUUAAAGAUAUUAUUUCCAUGAAAAACCAACUUUUCAAAGAAUGUUUUCCGUAAGGAUAAACUUAUUGCUUUUAUAAUGCAAAUGAUAAAUUGAAUUCAGAUAUAGACUUAAGAUAUUUAGUUGAUCUAAUUUAAUUUAGUGGAAAUUAAGUUGUAUUUGACUUAUAGGACGAAAUUGAUUACAUAGUGGCUUUAGAUUAUAGUGAAGCUGAAAACGAAAAAAUUAUUACCUUCAGAGAAAAAAACAGAAGUAUGGAAGUUAUAACUCCUAAAAACUUGUUGAAUAAUUUUGGAAUAGCUCUAGAAUGA